UGGCAUCUCUCACAAAUGCUACACACUGCAGUGGGCAAUCUUACUGAGAAUGCAGUUGGUGGUGUUUAGGUAUCAGCGCCCUCAGAGCAUUAAACGAAGCCAGAGUUUAUCAAAUUAAGCUGGCCAUACAGGGGCAGAUACAAGGUGCUGAUUUGGCCCCUGAGAGCGAGACAGCAGCUUAUCUGCCAGCGUGUGGGCCCUCCCCAAUAGCACCAUAAGUAGAUAUCUGUCUGAAAAUCGAACAUAGAAUUUGACCAAUUGUACAGUGAACAAUGCAUAGGAAAAAGUCACUAUUAAAACAAAUACUUACUGAAACAGAUGGAGGACCCUGACAAAGUGCCUAGGCUAUAAGGUUAUUGAAUGAAAUUGUGGGGUAAAUGGCAAGUGCUCAAUAAGCAGUUCCUUGAGCUGCUCCUGCAUUUUACCUCCACUCACUAAGUAAAUAGGAAGGAGUUUGGGCUUGGCCACUUAUUUUGAAUUCAUUCAGAAUUGCACAAGCUUAUCAGGCUUAGUAACUGCAAAGUAAUUAUUGGUUCUGUACUUUUUCUUAACACCUCUUAUCCGUGAACAGUUUGCUAGAGUAGGUGGGUCAAACUUUACCAAAGCAAGGAACAUUUUCCUACCUUUCUGUUCACUGUUACUUACAUUCCAUUCCCCUCAGAUGCAGGAUUUGAAACUUCCGAUUUCUAUUUUGUAAUUUUCUCCACCUUACUUUCGGUGCAAGAAUUCUGCUAAGUCGUUUACACUGAGGCUGCCUUUUGCCAAUGGGAUUUUUAAUUAAAGAACUUCUCUUAUGCUGUGUCACUUUGGAAAUCUAUGGAGCAGGCCAAGAAGAUGCAAGACCACGACUGACAACAAAGUAUGGUCAGCUCCUAGGAAAAACAGUAAAUGUAAGGGGAGCAGACAGACAUGUCCAUGCUUUUAUGGGAGUCCCUUUUGCAAAAGCUCCUGUUGGACACUUAAGAUUUGCUGAUCCACAGCCACCUGAGCCAUGGAGUUCUAUCAGGGAGGCCUCAGUCAUUCCACCUAUGUGUUUACAACAUGGAAUGGAACAACUCAUAAAACUGUUCAAAAUUGAGUUUGUGUUGCCUGCAAGUUCAGAGGAUUGUUUGUACCUUAAUGUCUUUACUCCAGCUGACAGAAAAGAGAAUUCAAAGCUACCUGUCAUGGUGUUUAUACACGGAGGAGGGCUGCUCAUGGGACUGGCAUCCAUGUUUGAUGGAUCUGCUUUAAGUGGCUAUGAAAAUGUGGUUGUGGUUUCAAUCCAGUACAGACUUGGCAUUUUGGGCUUUUUUAGUACUGGAGAUAAAGAGGCUCAAGGAAACUUUGGAUUUUUGGAUCAAGUUGCAGCUCUAAAGUGGGUUCAGGAAAACAUUAAGGAGUUUGGAGGGGACCCAGAAUCAGUUACUAUAUUUGGGCAAUCUGCAGGUGGCUUAAGUGUUUCCACACAUGUGUUAUCUCCCCUAUCUAAAGGAUUAUUUCACAGAGCCAUAGCUGAGAGUGGGGUUGCUUUACUUCCUGGACUGGUGGUCAGUAAGACAGAAGAAGUUCUUUUUGUUCGUGAUUUGGUUGCCAGUUUAUCAGGCUGUAAUAUAAAGGGUCUCGUAGACUGUCUGAAAAAGAAAACAGAAGAAGAAAUUAUGGCGAUUUCUGCAACAAUGCAAUUUACAGCUUUACCUGCCUGUGUAGAUGGUGUGUUCCUUCCCAAACCUGUAGAAGAAAUCUUGGCUAACAAGGAGAGCAACCGGGUUCCUUUUUUAAUUGGAUUUAAUAACAAUGAGUUUGGCUGGAUGCUUCCAAUGGCCCUCAACAUCAGUGGUUUCCGGGAAGGAAUGGGGAGAAAAGAAGUUCAGUCAGUAUUAAGUGCUCUUCCUCUUUUGCAUUCAGUUUCCAGUCUCGUUCCUUUGUUAAUGAAAGAAUACUUUGGAGACACAAAUGAUCAAACUGAAAUCAGGAACAAAUUUCUUGAACUAAAUGGGGAUAUUUUAUUUGUUAUACCUGCCCUUAGAACAGCUCAGUAUCACCGAGAUUCGGGGCUUCCUGUUUACCUCUAUGAAUUUCAGCACCGCCCUUCAUUAUAUGACAAUUCUAAGGAUGACUUUGUUAAAGCCGAUCAUGGUGAUGAACUUUACUUUGUCCUUGGUGGGCCAUUUUUGAAUGGUGAUGCCAUUUUCCAAAGUGAUGGAACGGAUGAAGAAAAAAAUCUUAGUAAAACAAUGAUGAAAUAUUGGGCUAACUUUGCUAGAAAUGGGGAUCCAAAUGGGCCUGGAUUGGUUGAAUGGCCUGCAUAUGAUGAGGAUAAAGAUUAUCUAGAGAUUAACCUGAAACAGAAGUCAUCUUGGAGACUAAAAGAAGGAAGACUUAAGUUUUGGACUGUCACUCUGCCUGAAAAAAUUAGAAUGAUUAAGGAAGGGAAACAGAUGCAUAUAGAGCUUUAAAUGUGUCAUUUCUGCUAAAGAGUUGGUAUUCUAAUUCAGUGGUAGGUAAAUGGUUAUUUGUGAAUGGCCAGCCUGUGGGCAUAAGUAUCAUAAAAUAUCUGUUUAUAAGGUUUAUUAAUGUUUAUGGUCAUAAAAGAGUUUUUUUGUGAACUGUUGACUCUACGAGCUGAUUUAUUAGUAUUAGUUGUUAGAGAAACUGUCCCACGUGUAGAGUAAACAUUUAAGAAUUAAUUGAUUUAUAUGCCUUCUGUUUAUGUAACUUGUUCAGAUCAGAAGCAAGUUACACAAAAAAAAAAAAGACCCAAAAAUUGGAGCUACAUAUGGCACACUUAAAAAAUGUACAAAAAUCCUUUAUUGGUUUCUUAUUAAAGAAUAAAAAUAAAAUAGAAUGCUUAAAAAUAGCACACAGGAUUAAAGUUUGCGUAAUGGACUUGAAAA